CGGACGGGAAGGGAUGGUCUGGGACGCGGGGUUCGCUACCCCUGGUUCUUGACAGGCAGCGUGGAUGUGGCCGCCUUUCCCCGGGCCUGACCGCCCGCACCGCACGGAUGAGGCCGAGGUGUCACGGCCCGGCGGCAGCGCAGGUUCCAGGUUCUUUAAGCUGUGCCUGGACUUCUCUGUGGGGAUAGGCCCUCAUGUGCACACAGGUCUGCAGAACGCUUCAGCACGAGGAAACUCUUCAGGAUUUGAGUAAACAGAGCCAGCGUUUACUCUGUCCUCAGAAGACCUCAAGAAAGCAUUUUAACGGCUUAUUCAAGCAACAUCGACAGACACAGAGGAUUGUUUAUGCAGCUGGUAAGCAGCGGUGUGUCCUUCCGUGGCGUCUGCAGGGCAGGCAGGUCUCCUCGGCAGAGCACCUGCAGGUGCAUUUUAAAACCUGAGGACGUUAAAAUACUGUUUCAGACACUCCAUGCUGCCCCGCCAUGUGCAGAGGCUGGGCAGAGACUGGAUCACCCACUGGAAUGGCUCCCAGAUCCUUGCCUUGAACAGCCCAGUUUCCAGCUGUAUGAGAUGGGCCGGACACUUUCCUCCCUGGGCCUCCUUUCCACUUCCUAUCCCGGCUGAUUUCUCAGCAAGCUGGAGACUCCCUCCAUUUCUUGGACCUUGGAGGCAAUUUCAGAACUCUAACUGGCAUCUUGAUAACUACACACAAAGUUGUUGCUUUCACCUACCGAACCCCAGUAUGAAAUCUGAGGGAGAGGAACCAUUGACAAAGAAGAGAAGACUCAGUGGCCAGCGUGAUACUUCAACUCCUGAAGAAGAAACAAACUUCUCUAAUGAAAAGGAAGCAUCAUGUCGUUCUGUAGCACAGAAUGAAGAAAAACAUAGCAGCAAGAAAGGAACCAUCAAAAGACACUGGGAAUAUUUCUGUCAGCAGAGUAGAACAAUGAAAAUCUCUGAAAACAAAGAAUCUGACCAAAGCAAUAAAGAAAGUGAGGCAGCAUUUGACUUUACGGUCAUGUCCUACAAUAUUCUCUCACAGAAUUUGUUGGAAGACAACUCUCACCUGUACAAACACUGCAGGCAGCGAUUGUUAUUUUGGACAUACAGAUUUCCCAACAUUCUACAAGAAAUCAAACAGCUGGAUGCAGAUGUGCUUUGUUUACAAGAAGUCCAAGAAGACCACUAUAGAACAGAAAUCAAGUCAAGUUUGGAAUCCCUAGGGUAUCACUGUGAGUAUAAAAUGAGGACAGGCAGAAAACCUGAUGGCUGUGCUAUUUGCUUCAAGACUUCCAAAUUUAGCCUGAUUUCAUCAAACCCUGUGGAAUUCUUUCGCCGUGAUAUUCCACUCUUGGACAGGGACAACGUUGGACUGGUGUUGCUUUUGCAGCCUAGAUUUCACUGUAAAACUAAUGCUGCAAUCUGUGUUGCCAAUACACAUCUGCUGUACAACCCCAGGCGAGGGGACAUCAAACUGACCCAGCUGGCGAUGCUCCUGGCAGAGAUCGCGAGUGUUGCCCCUCGGAAGGACGGUUCCUUCUGCCCAAUUAUCAUCUGUGGUGACUUCAAUUCUGUUCCUGGUUCUCCAUUGUACAGAUUUAUAAGGGAAGGAAAGUUAAAUUAUGAAGGACUCGCUAUAGGGAAGGUCUCUGGACAAGAACAGUUUCCAAGGGGACAAAGAAUCUUAUCUAUCCCUAUUUGGCCAAAAAAAUUAGGUAUUUCACAAAACUGUGUAUAUGAAAUAAAACGGCAACAAAAAGAAGAAAAUGCAGGAGAAAAAUUGGAAGCAGCAAAACUGGACAACACUCAGGAGAUCGUAGUAGCAUCUGAAAAGAUGUCUUCAAAAUUGCGGCACCAUUUUAAAUUGUCUUCAGUCUAUUCUCAUUACCUUCCUGAAACUGGGGUGCCAGAAGUAACAACUUGUCAUUCCCGAAGUGCUGUCACUGUGGAUUAUAUUUUCUAUUCUGCGGCAAAGGAUGAUACUGCUGCCCAGCCAGGAGCAGAGGAUUCUUUUCAUGGAGGUCUGAAACUUCUUGGCAGGCUGGCACUUCUAACAGAGAAAGAUCUCUGGACUGUUAAUGGUCUUCCCAAUGAAAAUAACUCUUCUGACCACCUGCCACUGCUAGCAGAGUUCAGGCUUAUUGAACGGUAAUACCCAAAGGACUUUUUGUUUAGGUAAAGUUACCUUCACCUUCUCUCUUCAUGGGAUGAUUAUUUUUUUUUUUUUAAAGAUUAAUUCAAGCACUGCUGGUCCGGUUUAAAUAACUUUGCCUGCAUGCAGAUUUGUUAGUGUUGUGUAAAGUAGACUUUUUUAAGAGACUUUUUUUUUUUUUUUGAAAUGUUUAAAUUACUUUAUGAAGUCUUUAAGGCAAAAAAGAAAAGAUUUUACCUUAACUUUCUCUUUGAUAAAGGAAAACAUCCGUGUCAGACUCAAAAUGGCAUUAUUUUUCAUGGAGAUGUUGUAAAUGGUUUUUAUUGUAAAUCAUAGUAAAAAGGACUGUUUUAAGAA